AUGAAUCCGCUAGUUAAGUUUCGCCCAACUGAUGAGCACCUUUUCGCUCACUACCUCCAGCAGAAAGCAACGGGCGCGCCAUUGCCUCCCGGUCUUAUCGAAGAGUGCGACCUGUACAGCCAAGAGCCUUGGAGGAUCUUCGACACCACCUCGGAGCAGACGUUCUACGUUUUCACCACGUUGAGAAAGAACAAGUCGAGGGUUUUAAGGACCGCCGGGUCCGGGACAUGGAAAGAGCAGCACACGAUGAGAAUCCCCGACAUUCUUGGUGAGUUGGCUGGCUACAAGAAGUCCUUCAAGUUUCAAGGUGGACGUGGCUCGAGUGCAACGAGCGGGCGCUGGAUCAUGUACGAGUUCUCAAUGUGCGACGAGAGGCGGUGCAAGUACGUCCUAUGCAAAAUCAAAUUUUAUAGAGACAAGAAGAAAUUAAAAGACAAGGAAAUUGUAAUUUCGGCCGACAUACCGGUGCAAUUUGAAGAUGAGAAUCGACGAGCGAAGAGGAUGUGCCUACUCAAUGACUCCAGUGAUCGCUCAAGCGUCAUCUGUGACUUUGCCAUUGCGUCCUCAUCCACAGUGGAUGGAGCUCAACCCGCCACUUCCCAAGCCUUUAGCAGCAGCGUAGCAUAUGCCGAACAACUUCAGAUGUCAGCAGGGGCAUAUGCAGAUUUACUUCCUACGACAGCAGAGCAAGUCAUCAAUGAUGACGAUGAAUGGAUUGAUCGCUUGAUGGAUAUGGAUAUAGAUCCGGUGGUUGACGCCGAUUAUCUCUUUGGUUCAAAUCCUUUUGCUAAUCCAUCAGAAGACGAUACAAAUGCGAUGCUCGCAUCCACACUCGGCACACCGGACAACCAGACGUGGGGUCCGACUUCUCUCCAUCAACAAAGGAGCGUUGCUGAAUCACAAGAGCAAGAUGUUCCAGCCACAUUGGCAUGGGCUGAUCCGUUUUUACUUGUUUAG